AUGUCAAUUCAAGGAAUAAAUUGUCAAAGGUGCAAUACACCUUUGAAAAUAGAUCAGUCUCUUAUUGGUCUAAGUAAUGCACAGCAGAAACUCCUUAUUGGUAGAAAAUCUGAAGAUAAUGAACAUAUUGCAGUAGAAGAUGCUAAUCAAUUCAUCCCCCCUGAUCGGCUUCUAUUAUAUAAUAAAAUCAAUCAGAAAGGGAAAAAACCUAUAUUUGAGAGGAAUUUUACAAGUCUAAGGAAUAAUACUGACACACAUGACGAAGAAGAGAAUGAAGAUAACGAUGGAGAAGAAGAAGAAGAAGAAGAAGAUAUUGGCGAGGAAGAAGCUGGUGACGAUGAUGAGUACAAUCUGGGACUAGUAGACUCUAAUUCAUUUGUAUUACUUCCAGCGAGCAAUAAACAUCCUGACCAUGAGAAUGAACAAUUACUUCAUGACCCUAAAACUAUUUCUCAAAGAAUAAACACAUUGAAUCGGAUAUUCGAAAUUCUUUCUUCUAAUCAAGAUGUUGACCAUCCUUUAUGUUUAGAAUGUUCUGACCUUCUUGUGGAAAAUUUCAAACUUAAGUUUGAUCAGAACCAAAAGGAAAAAGAUAGCUUUUUAGGAUUUUUGCGGAAACUCAAGAGUCAAGAGAAUGCAUUUGAUGGACCAGAGCUUGAUUCAAGAUUAAGUACAUCUGUUGAAGAAUACCAUGAACUUCGAGAUAUAGAAAAGGUAAAAUUGGAUGAGUUAAGGGAUCUUGAAAGGACAAAGCUUGAUCUUGAUAAAGAUUUAUUACAACUUGAACGUGAAUAUGAUCAAUUAACUACAAUAGAGUUACUGGAUGUAUUACGAAUUAAAAAUCAAACUGAUUUAGAUCUUGAAUCAAAGACGAAUGAACUUGAAAAGGCUAAGGCAUCCUAUCAAAUGUCACUUGAUCAACUUGAUCGAUUAAGAAAUCUAAAUAUAUAUACGUCGGUAUUUCUGAUAUCAUUCGAUAAGAAUACGAAUGAUUAUGGUACAAUCAAUGGAUUCCGAUUGGGAUAUAAGGUUCCUUGGGCAGAAAAUAAUGCAGCUCUUGGACAAACCGUAUUAUUACUUGUAUUCUUAUUGAAUAGAUUCGAGAUUAAUUUGAUUGACUAUAAGUUGAUCCCUAUGGGAUCACAGUCACAUAUCAUUAAAAUAUCCACCAGAUCAGAUGAGCCCGAACUGCAUGUCAAACACAAAUCGAAGACAAUCCUUGAUUUGUAUACUACCAAUGAAUUUUCAUUAGGGAAAUUAUUCAAUUUUAAUAAGCUUGAUGUUUCAAUGAUUGCACUUUUAGAUAUCCUUUCACAAGUUAUAUCAAAAUUAUUAGAAGUUGAUCCAGAUAUUGUUCUACCUUAUCCCAUUUCAGCCAAAAAGGAUACCAUUGGAGGGAAAAGUAUACGAGUUACAUCCAAUAGUGAAUGGACUCUAAGUUGUAAAUUUCUAUUAACCAAUUUAAAUUGGCUUCUUCUGUACUCAAGCGUGCAUUAA